AUGGAGGAGAACGGAGAACUGAGGAAAGUGGAGGAGAAACACCCUGAUAAACCUGGAGAAAAACCUGUGAGUCACUCAAAGACUAAAAAUAAAUUUUUAAAGAUGGGAAGAGUCAAGAAAUCUUUCAUCUGCACUCAGUGUGGAAAGAGUUUCCCACGAAAACAAAAUCUUGAUGGUCACAUGAGAAUUCAUACUGGAGAGAAACCAUUCAAGUGUGAUCACUGUGGGAAUCAAUUCAGACAAAAAAACCACCUUAAGGGUCACAUGACUAUCCACACUGGAGAGAAACCCUUCACCUGCAACCAGUGCGGACAUAGUUUCACAAAAAAAUAUUGUCUAGAGAUUCACAUGAGGAUCCACACGGGAGAGAAGCCAUUCAGCUGCAAUCAGUGCAAAACGAGUUUCUCAUGCAAAAGAAAUCUUAAUACUCACAUGAGGAUCCACACUGGGGCGACACCAUACUUUUGUGAUCAGUGUGAAAAGACAUUUAUAUGCAAAGAAGGUCUUAAGAAACACUAUAGAGUUCAUACUGAAGAGAAGCUGUUUACAUGUGAUCAAUGUGGGAAGAGUUUCACACGAUCAUCACAACUUAAGAGUCACAUGAGAGUUCAUACUAAAGAGAAGCUGUUCACAUGUGAUCAAUGUGGGAAGAGUUACCCACGAUCAGCAAACCUUAAGAGACACAUGAGUAUCCACACUGGGGAGAAACCAUACUCUUGUGAUCAGUGUGGAAAGACAUUUCUAUACAAAGAAAAUCUUAAGAGUCACAUAAGAGUUCAUACUAAAGAGAAGCCGUUCACAUGUGAUCAAUGUGGGAAGAGUUUCACACAAUCAUCACAACUUAAGAGACACAUGAAUAUCCACACUGGAGAGAAAACAUACUCUUGUGAUCAGUGUGGAAAGACAUUCAUAUACAAAGGAAAUCUUAAGAUUCACAUGAAAGUUCAUACUAAAGAGAAGCCGUUCACAUGUGAUCAAUGUGGGAACAGUUUCACACAAUCAUCAAACCUUAAGAGACACAUGAAGAUCCACACUGGGGAGAAACCAUAUUGUGAUCAGUGCGGAAAAACAUUCAUAAACAAAGAAAAUCUUAAGAUUCACAUGAUAGUUCAUACUGAAGAGAAGCUGUUUACAUGUGAUCAAUGUGGGAAGAGUUACCUACAUUCAGCAAACCUUAAGAGACACAUGAGGAUCCACACUGGGGAGAAACCAUACUCUUGUGAUCAGUGUGGAAAGACAUUCGUAUACAAAGAAAUUCUUAAGAUUCACAUAAGAGUUCAUACUAAAGAGAAGCCGUUCACAUGUAAUCAAUGUGGGAAGAGUUUCACACAAUCAGGAUAUCUUAAAAGACACGCGAGGAGCCAUACUGGGGAGAAACCAUACUCUUGUGAUCAGUGUGGGAACAGUUUCAGUGGAUCAGAAAGCCUUAAAGUACACAUGAGAAUCCACACGAAAGAAAGACCAUUCAAAUGUGAUCAAUGUGGGAAGAGGUUCACACAAUUAUCAAGCCUUAAGAAACACACGAGGAGCCACACUGGGGAGAAACCAUACUCUUGUGAUCAGUGUGGGAACAGUUUCAGUGGAUCAGAAAGCCUUAAAGUACACAUGAGAAUCCACACGAGAGAAAGACCAUUCAAAUGUGAUCAAUGUGGGAAGAGUUUCACACGAUCAUCACAACUUAAGAGACACAUGAGGAUCCACACUGGAGAGAAAACAUUCAUGUGUGAUCAAUGUGACAAAACAUUUCAUAGGGCAUCAGGCCUGAAGAUGCACAUCCUGGUUCAUACAAAGGAGAAACCACAUUCAUGUUCUGAAUGUGGAAAGAGAUUUAAACAUAAGCAAAUGUUACAGGUACAUCAGAAAAUACAUACUGGUGUGAGAGAGUACAUGUGUUUUGAGUGUGAAAAGAUGUUUAAGUCAGCGAUCGGUUUAAAACUGCAUGAGAUGAUUCACACUGGAGAAAAACCACACACCUGUGAUCAGUGCAGAAAGAGUUUCAGACAAAAGUCAUCUCUUAAGUCUCACAUGAGAGUUCACAUUAUAGAGGAGCUGCCCACGUGUGAAUAGUUUACCUAAAUUGAAAAUGAAAAUUCUGUCAUUAAUUACUAACCUUCUUGUCGUUCCAAACCCAUGAGAUCCUCAUUCAUCUUCAGAACACAAAUUAAGAUAUUUUUUAUUAAAUCCGAGACCACUUUGACCCUCCAUGGAC